AUGCGUCCCAGAGGUGGGAAAGGCGAGCAGUAUAUGAUCAUUGCGUUGAUCCUCGUGAUGCUGUUCUUUGUGCGCAACCCUCUUUUCACGAUUGUCGUGGUGAUCCUCAUCAGCGCCAACUUCAGCAUCACCGACAAGACGGUCAAUUCCUUCAGCAUCAGCAUUUUCUUCGCGUCGAUCUCCGCUAUUAUCUUCACAUACUUUGCCCACGUGAUCGCGUGCUCGUGCGACGUGAUCUGCUACUCCUUCGCCAUCGAGGCCGAAAAGGGGGAGCAACAGGAGCGCAUGACUGAGCUCUACGACCUCUUUCGUCGCCAGGCCUUUCAGGCGGACGCCUCGCAGGCUAUGCGCUACCCCGCCGAGGUGGAAGCGCCUGCCCAUCAUUCGGCCCGAGUCAUUGCUUACCGCGCGCAGCCCUGA